UCCCGCAGGACAAUGUAGAGAGAGACACCGACCGAGAGUUGAUCCGACGCAGUUAGCAAGAAGCCAGCAGCCGGGAUGUUAGUGUGGAUCAUCUAAGCCGCGUUUAGAGCUCGCAUCGCGGCCGGAGUUCAGUAAUCUAAGCGGGGGGAGCAGCGAUGGGAAGCCCGGCCUGAGCUGCAGCUCCUGGGCCACAAACAGGCGGAAGAUGGGUGUCGUGCUGCGGAGCCUGUUGUUGUGUAGUUUUUGUUUUCUCAUACGAGGCGUGCCGCUGCUGCUGUAUGCUAACCGGCGGGACCUGCGGCUGGUGGACGCGGCCCACGAGAAGGCCAACGCCACGGUGGUGGUGGGGGGGCUGGAGGACGCGGCCGCGGUGGACUACGUCUACUCGCAGGGCCUCAUCUACUGGAGCGACGUGAGCGAGGAGGCCAUCAAACGCACCGUCUUCAACCAGUCGGGGGCCAGCGCCGUGCAGAUCGUGGUCCCGGGCCUGGCCUCCCCCGACGGACUGGCCUGCGAUUGGUUGGGGAGUAAACUGUACUGGACGGACUCGGAGACCAAUCGGAUCGAGGUGGCGGAGCUGGACGGGUCUCUGAGGAAAGUUCUGUUCUGGCAGGAGCUGGACCAGCCGAGAGCCAUCGCUCUGGAUCCGGGACGAGGGUACAUGUACUGGACGGACUGGGGCGAGGUGCCAAAGAUCGAGCGUGCUGGGAUGGACGGGACGAAUCGCUCCAUGAUCAUCGAUAAGGAGAUCUACUGGCCCAACGGACUGACGCUGGACUACAGCCAGCAGAAGCUGUACUGGGCCGACGCCAAGCACAACUUCAUCCACCGCUGCAACCUGGACGGCUCCUCCAGGGAGGUGGUGGUGAAGGGCGAGCUGCCUCAUCCCUUCGCUCUGACGCUGUACGAGGAAACGCUGUUCUGGACCGACUGGAACACUCACUCCAUCCACGCCUGCAGGAAGCAGACGGGCGGCGAGCAGCGCGUCGUCCACUCCGACAUCUUCUCCCCGAUGGACAUCCACGUGUUCAGCCCCAAGAGACAGCCGCCACUGAGCAGUCCGUGCUCUCUGAAGAACGGAGGAUGUUCUCAUCUCUGCCUCGUCUCACCGCUCAAACCUUUCUAUCAGUGCGCCUGUCCCACCGGAGUCCAGCUGCUGGAGGAUGGCAAGACCUGCAGAGACGGCGCCACUCAGAUGCUGCUCUUGGCUCGGCGGACCGACCUGCGCCGCAUCUCUCUGGACAUGCCGGACUUCACCGACAUCAUCCUGCAGGUGGACGACAUCCGGCACGCCAUCGCCAUCGACUACGACCCGGUGGACGGUUACAUCUACUGGACGGACGACGACGUGAAGGCCAUCCGCCGCUCUCUGCCCGACGGCAGCGACGCCCAGUUCGUGGUGACGUCGCAGGUCAACCAUCCCGACGGCAUCGCGGUGGACUGGAUCGCCAGGAACCUUUACUGGACCGACACCGGCACGGACCGCAUCGAGGUGACGCGGCUCAACGGGACGAUGAGAAAGAUCCUGAUCUCUGAAGACCUGGACGAGCCCAGAGCCAUCGUCCUGGACCCGGUGGCAGGGUACAUGUACUGGACCGACUGGGGCGAGGUGCCGAAGAUCGAGCGAGCCGAUCUGGACGGUUUGGAGCGAGUUGUGAUGGUGAACACGUCGCUGGGUUGGCCCAACGGUCUCGCCCUCGACUACGACGAACGCAAAAUAUACUGGGGGGACGCCAAGACCGACAAGAUAGAGGUGAUGAACAUGGACGGGACGGCUCGACGGGUGCUGGUGGAGGACAAGCUUCCUCACAUCUUCGGCUUCACGCUGCUGGGCGACUACAUCUACUGGACGGACUGGCAGCGCCGCAGCAUCGAGCGAGUCCACAAACGCACCGCCGAGCGCGAGUUCAUCAUCGACCAGCUGCCGGACCUGAUGGGCCUGAAAGCAACAUACGUGCACGAAUGCUUCGGUACCAACCCGUGUGCGGAGAACAACGGCGGCUGCAGUCACCUCUGCCUCUACAAGCCUCUGGGAGUCCAGUGCGGCUGUCCCAUCGGGCUGGAGCUCAUCGCCGACAUGCGGACCUGCAUCGUGCCCGAAGCCUUCCUGCUGUUUUCCCGCCACACCGACAUCCGCCGCAUCUCCCUGGAGACCAACAACAACAACGUGGCCAUCCCACUCACCGGCGUCAAGGAGGCCUCGGCGCUCGACUUCGACGUCACCGACAACCGGAUCUACUGGACCGACAUCACUCUGAAGACCAUCAGCCGGGCCUUCAUGAACGGCAGCGCUCUGGAGCACGUGGUGGAGUUCGGGCUGGACUAUCCGGAGGGAAUGGCGGUGGACUGGCUGGGGAAGAACCUGUACUGGGCCGACACCGGCACCAACCGCAUCGAGGUGGCCAAGCUGGACGGGCAGCACCGGCAGGUCCUGGUCUGGAAGGAUCUGGACAGUCCUCGAGCUCUGGCUCUGGAUCCUGCUGAAGGCUACAUGUAUUGGACCGAAUGGGGUGGGAAGCCGAAGAUCGACCGCGCUGCGAUGGACGGGACGGGUCGCAUCACUCUGGUGGCCGACGUGGGCCGAGCCAACGGACUCACCAUCGACUACGCCGAGCGCCGCCUGUACUGGACCGACCUGGACACCACGCUCAUCGAGUCCUCCAACAUGCUCGGUCAGGACCGCGAGGUGAUAGCAGACGACCUCCCUCACCCCUUCGGCCUGACUCAGUACCAGGACUACAUCUACUGGACGGACUGGAGCCAGCGCAGCAUCGAACGGGCCAACAAGACCAGCGGACAGAACCGCACGGUGAUCCAGGGCCAUCUGGACUACGUCAUGGACAUCCUGGUGUUUCACUCGUCUCGGCAGGGCGGCUGGAACGCCUGCGCCUCCACCAACGGACACUGCUCGCACCUCUGCCUCGCCGUGCCCGUCAGCAGCUUCGUGUGCGGCUGCCCGGCUCACUUCUCCCUCAACUACGACAACAAGACCUGCAGCGCUCCGACUUCCUUCCUGCUGUUCAGCCAGAAGACGGCGAUCAACCGCAUGGUGAUGGACGAGCAGCAGAGUCCCGACAUCAUCCUGCCGAUACACAGCCUGAGGAACGUCCGCGCCAUCGACUACGACCCGUACGACAAGCAGCUGUACUGGAUCGACUCCAAGCAGAACGUCAUCCGCAGAGCCCAGGAGGACGGGAACCAGAGCAUGACGGUGGUGGCGAGCUCUCUGGGUCCCAGUCAGGGUCUGCAGCUCUACGAUCUGAGCAUCGACAUCUUCAGCCGCUUCAUCUACUGGACCAGCGAGGUGACCAACGUCAUCAACGUCACCAGAACCGACGGAAGCCGGGUCGGAGUCGUCCUCCGAGGAGAACACGACAAACCCAGAGCCAUCGUCGUCAACCCAGAGAGAGGGUCACUACAUUACUUCACCAACCUGCUGGAGCGCUCGCCUAAGAUCGAGCGAGCGGCGCUGGACGGGACGGAGCGGGAGAUCCUGUUCUUCAGCGGCCUCGGGAAGCCCGUCGCUCUCGCCAUCGACAACGAGGUCGGGAAGCUGUUCUGGGUCGACUCGGACCUGCGGCGCAUCGAGAGCAGCGACCU